CCAGUCUGUACUCAUACAUAUUUUUCCUCGCAACGAGUAGGUAAAUAUUUUGACCGCCGUUCACUUCGCAGAAGCAGUGGGCAAAACGCGGAUGAUCACUGGAGAAUCACCACACGAUUCUCAUUCAUGCUAACUUGUAUUGGUUCCAGUACGGCUUACAUAGUAGAUAGGUACUUGAAAGUCCUCUGCUCAAUCGUUCACUUUGUUUCACACAGCAAUUCGCAAGAUCAACGUCGUUUGAGAGCUGGUAGUUCGUCCAGUUGAUUAGCGAUCAGUGACCGGUUCGGGCGAAAUAUUGAUAAAAAUUAUUGAAUGAUCAAUUAAUAAUAGGGACAGUGCAAUAUCGAUAAAGUAUCGGCUUGUCAGAUUACUUUUACCUAUACUAUAUUAUUGACGUGAUAUCUGAGUGCUAGUAAAUGUAUUUCGAAUAGAAGACUAAUUUAAGGAAGAAUGUUAUCAAAAUAUAAACGAUUCAAGUGUUGCUCCUUUGCAACUAAGUUGAAGAAUGAAAUCCGAAUUGCUUCGUUUUGCAGUGCACCCAAACCGUUCGAUGCAAUUCCCGGGCCGCGAGGACCUUUCGGAAUGGGAAAUUUGUACCAAUACCUUCCAGGAAUAGGCAACUAUUCCUUCGAUGCUCUGCAUCAAUCCGGGCUGGACAAAUACCAACGGUACGGACCGAUCGUACGUGAAACCAUGGUCCCGGGACACGACAUCGUAUGGUUGUACGAUCCCCAGGACAUUGCCACCGUCCUGAACGAUAGCACCCCGGGCGUCUAUCCGAAGCGACGAAGCCAUCUGGCGCUGGCCAAGUACAGGCGGGAUCGACCGAAUGUCUAUCGGACCGUGGGGUUGCUUCCUUCACAAGGACUCGAAUGGUGGCGCAUCCGAUCGGAAUUGCAAAAAGGUUUGAGCUCUCCUCAGAGCGUUAGGAAUUUUUUACCCUUGAUCGAUUCGGUCACCAAAAAGUUUGUGGGUGGCAUCAAACCUCACGCUGAAGGGGAAGAGAUAGACGAUUUUCUCCCUCAUUUGUCUCGAUUCAGUUUGGAGAUAACCUGUCUUCUGGCGUUUGAUUACCAUCUUAACAGUUUCUCAGACGAACAGAUGCUUCCAGACUCGAUUGCCUCGAGGCUGAUGGAAUCGGCGCGGACCACAAACGAAAAUAUUCUUCGAACCGAUCAGGGUUUCCAACUGUGGAGACUAUUCGAAACUCCUUCCUACCGAAGGAUACGAAAGUCUCAGGAAUACAUAGAAAAGAUCGCCGUUGAACUAGUCUCCCAGAAGUUGAUGUACUUUGAUGAGGAUCGACAAAAGUUGGCUUCCGGAGAUCAUAAAUCUCGAUCGCUUCUGGAGGAGUACCUGAGAAAUCCAAACUUGGAGCUAAACGACAUCAUUGGAAUGGCUGGAGAUUUGCUCCUUGCUGGGGUACAUACUACUUCUUUCACGAUGUCCUUCGUGCUAUACCAUUUGGCUUUGAAUCCGGAAGUUCAGCAAAAACUCUAUGAAGAAGGGAAGAAGGUUUUGCCUAAUCCAUGGGUUGACAAAAUCGAAACAGCAACGUUGAAUUCUGAAAUAUCCUACUGCCGAGCGGUUCUCAAAGAAUCAAUGCGACUGAAUCCGGUUUCGGUGGGUGUCGGUCGUGUUCUAAAUUUGGACACGGUUCUAGGUGGCUACAGCAUUCCGAAGGACACGACCAUCGUAACGCAAAACUUCACCAGCUGCCGGUUGGAGAAAUACUUCCGUGACCCUCUCAAAUUCAACCCGGAUCGGUGGAUGCGGGGCGAAACGAAAGAAAACGUCAGCCCCUACUUGGUGUUACCGUUUGGACAUGGAAUGAGAUCCUGCAUCGCUAGAAGAAUGGCCGAACAGCAGAUGUUAGUCCUGAUUGUGAGGCUAAUACGUUCCUAUAGUGUCGAAUGGGCUGGAACCGUUCCUAUGGACGUGGUAACGAAACUGAUCAAUGAACCUGACCAACCUGUUAAACUUAUCUUCAAGACACGCAAAGACUAGUCAAUAAACUACCCCCUAAAAUC